CCGAAGGCUUUUUAGUGGACAAGACUGCUUUUUGUUCUCAUCUAAUUUCAACUACAAUACCCACCACCAUGGCCAUGGGUGUGCACAUUCUUUCUUUCUUUCUUUAACAAAUGGUACAUCUGUGUUGGCACAUGAACAAGAAGAAGAAGAAGACGGGAAGCUGAGAGUAGAUCCAGAGAGCUAACACCAAACCCAUCAAAUCCAAGGAAUAUCCACCGCUGAGGUGGAGAACACUCCCGAGAACAGGCAAGUGGAGGUCUUCGUUCCUCUUCCAUGCUGCUCCUGGGGAAGGGAGGCACGCAUGGUGAGGGAUUGGGUCUGUAGUUGUGAGCUCCCAAGCUUUCCUCUUCGGUUUCUGAUGACUUGGGUUUUUGUCUCAGAUCACCAAGGAAGGAGAUGGCUUGGCUUCUCUCCCAUGGCAAGAACAGGCACGGAGCUCAUCCUCCUCCUGGUCUUAGCAUCUUGAGAAGGGACUCAUUCCCAUUCCCGUCAUCCCAAGCUCCGCCAACAGCAUCCUCCGCAAGCAGCAGGAUAAGCCCAGCAGCCCUCUUCACCAUAGUCAUUCUCGCACUCAUCUUCUUCGUCUCCGGCCUCCUCCAUCUCUUGGUGAGGUUCCUCAUCAGGAAGCGACCUUCCUCCGCCGCCACCUCAUCUUCCCCGCACUCCAAUGCGCGCCGCCGCGCCGCCGAUCUCUCCGGUGGCUCCGGUUCCCUCCAACGCCAGCUCCAGCAGCUGUUCCACCUCCAUGACUCCGGCCUGGACCAGGCCUUCAUCGACGCGCUACCGCUGUUCCUCUACAAGGAGAUCCUUGGCUCCAAGGACCCGUUCGACUGCGCUGUCUGCUUAUCCGAGUUCGCCCCGGAAGACAAGCUCCGACUGUUGCCGGGGUGCGGCCACGCAUUCCACCUCAACUGCAUCGACGCGUGGCUGCUCUCCAACUCCACCUGCCCGCUCUGCCGGGGAGCCAUAUUCCUGCAGGGGCUGACGGUGGAGAAUCCCAUGUUUGAUCUCGACGACCCGAGGGAGGAAGAGGGGGAGGAGGAGGGAUUCUCGGCUCCCCGGGAUGCCGACGGAGAUGACAUUGCGGCGGAGAAGAGGGUGUUCCCUGUGAGGCUGGGUAAGUUCAAGAACCUGAGUGAUGGAGACCUCAGCGUCGAUGUCGACAUCGACGUCAAUGAUGAUGGCAUCGGCAUCGACGUCGAGAGCGUGAGGAGAGAAGUGGGGGAGACCAGCAGCAGCAAUUUGGAUGCCAGGCGCUGCUUCUCCAUGGGCUCGUAUCAGUAUGUGGUCGCUGACUCCAACCUCCAAGUGACUCUUUCUGGCACCGCAAGGAACGGAGACGACAGAGGAACAGGGUACAGUGGGGAAGCUGUGAGCAAUGAGGGGAUGAGGUUGGGCGUUGGCUACAGAGAUGAGAGCUUCUCUGUGUCGAAGAUCUGGCAAUGGUCUGAGAGGAGGGGCAAGUUUCCUCCUACAUGUGCAGACGCUGCUGCUGCCUUUGAUGGGGGCUUGCCAUGGCUAUGGCCAGAUUUGGAGGAUGCAUGAAGCAUGGCUCCUUCAAGACCAUCUUUCUCUUGCUUCUCUUCCAUUUCAUCUACUGCAAAUCUUGGUGUGUUCCUCGACAUGCACCUGAUUCAUUCCACUGCUGAUGUUAGAAGGUACGUUCGGGAGAUAGUUGACGAGUAGAAGAUCCAAGAAACACACAUCAAGCAUCUACUUGCCCUGUGUUGUGCUUUCACAUGUUCUGAUGAAGAUUUAGAUGGGCAUUGCCUUCAGUUUCAGCUCAGAAGAGAACAAGAAAAUUAUCAUCUACUUGCCUUGAGCUUUCCUAUGUUUCAAGCUUCAACUAGGAAGUCAGAGAGCACUGACAGGGCCCAACCUGUGGAGAAAACUUGAUGUCAUCUUGUGAUCCUGUAGCUUCCCAAUCCCCUGAAAGUUCCAAAGAUGCUUAGUCAUAAACCUCAGCUUAGGAUAUCCAAAGGUCUUCUUCUACUGUAAGUUGGUCAUUUAUAGGAUGAUGGGGAGUGGAUUCUGUUGAUGAGAGCAGCAUCUGCGCAUUUGGCCACUGCUAUAGCCCUCUGGCUUUGUGUUGAGUACAGGCUUUGGAAGACACUGAAAACAGCUGUUCCUGUCAAUAACCUCUGCUGUGUGGAAAAGGUCACAUGGAGCAAAGCCACACUCUGAGUAUUAUAUAUAUUUUGAUUUGGCACUUUGUAUCUCUAAGCAAAACAUUUCUUGUAUAAGGCUUGAAAGACUAAGUUCUAUGGUUUGAUUGCUACUGGCAAACAUGAAUUCUACAUCAAUUGUGCUUAA